UUCUCACUAUAGGGAAGAAAAAAAAAACAGUUUACGUUAACCUUCAAUUUCCUAUCCUCAACUUCCUUGCUUUGAUCCAAAACCCCCUUUUGCAAUUUAGGAGAGAGAGAGUAAGUAAGAGAUAUUACCCAAAUCGCAUAUUCUUUUUUUCCUAAAUCCAAAAAUUUCGGAACUUUUAUGCCAGGUUCCUCUCAAUUCUCCUUUUACGUCGCUUUUAAUUAUUUUUUGUUUGUUUUUGCUCUCCCUCUCAAUUUCUCUCUCUUCAAUCCGCUCUUAAUUAUAAUUUUAUCCAAGUUUUGUUGGUCUUAUAAAAAAGUUCGAUUUUUUUAGGGUUUUGCCAUUUUUUUCUCGUGUUUUUUGAAUUAUUAUGUUCAGAGAUUCUUCAAAGCUGAUGGCAACAGUAACAAUGGCAUCAGCUGCUGGUGCAGCUGCACUAUUGUAUUAUACUUUAAAUAAGAAAUUGCAAUCCGGGGCGGUCGAAAUUGACGAGGAAGAAAGCGUAGCGGUUGUCACCGGAAAUAAUGGUCCUUUAGGGAUAGAGAGGGUUUCCACUAGACUAAUUCGAGCCCCGGCAACGUGGCUGGAGACUAUUUCGACCUUAUCGGAAACCCUUCGGUUUACCUAUUCUGAGACUUUGGGGAAAUGGCCUAUUGGAGACUUGGCAUUUGGCAUUAGUUUUCUAUUGAAGAGGCAGGGGAACUUAUGUGUCCAGGAUGUAUUUGGAGGAAAUGACAGUGUACAAUUAAAGGGGCCUGAAUUAGCAGUAGAACUCAAAUAUCUAGUGAAUUUGCUAACUCUUUGCUGGCAUUUUUCCAAGAAGCCUUUCUCACUGUUUUUGGAGGAGACUGGCUAUACGGUAGAUGAUGUUCUUCUUCAGGAACCUAAAGCAGGGAUUUUGAAACCUGCAUUUACAAUUCUUGUAGAUCACAAAGCAAAGUGUUUACUAUUACUGAUUCGUGGAACUCACAGUAUCAAAGAUACUCUGACAGCUGUCACUGGCGCGGUUGUGCCAUUUCAUCAUACUGUUGUCCAUGAAGGAGGAGUAACCGAUUUAGUUUUAGGUUAUGCACACUGUGGAAUGGUUGCAGCUGCUCGAUGGAUCGCUAAGUUAGCAACACCCUGUGUUAUCAAAGCUCUUGACGAACAUCCUGAUUAUAAAUUAAAGAUUGUAGGGCACUCUCUUGGUGGGGGGACUGCCGCUCUUUUAACUUUCAUACUACGUGAGCAGAAGGAACUAUCUUCCACAUCAUGUGUAACAUUUGCUCCAGCGGCUUGCAUGACAUGGGAAUUGGCAGAAUCAGGCGUUGAUGUAAUUACUUCCAUUAUAAAUGGGGCUGAUUUAGUCCCAACCUUCUCAGCGGCAUCAGUAGACGAUUUGCGUGCAGAGGUGACAGCCUCUGCAUGGUUGAACGAUUUGAGGAAUCAAAUUGAGCAGACAAGGAUACUCAGCACUGUGUAUCGUUCUGCUUCAGCACUGGGUGCUAGCGCUAGAGCAAAAGUUGCCGGUGCUGGUGCUGUACUCCGACCAGUUUCCAGUGGUACUCAGGCUGUCAUGAGAAGAGCCCAGAGCAUGGCUCAUGCAGCAUUGAGACGCCCCACAGUGCUUUCUUCUUGGUCAUGCAUUGGACCUCGGAGACGUGCCAACGCUGUUCCAUCAAUUGCGCAAGAACAAUCCUCUGAAUUUGUUCCUAUGAGCACUGAGACUUCCGAACCUCUCAUUGCAUCUUCACGUGAAUCCACCUCCAAGACUCACAAACUUCCUUUAUCUUCAUCCGAGUGGAAUUCAGAGGUUGGAUGUUCUUAUUCCGAGACGAGACAUAUACAGAAUGAGUUGGAUGUUGAUGUUGAUGUUGCAGAUGGUGAGGACCUUAUUGAAAGCCCUAGAAAUGAAGAUCUAAUGACCGAAGUUGAGUUGUGGCAACAACUUGAGCACGAGCUUUAUGAUCGAGCUGAAGGAGAUGUUGAUGUGGAGAAGGAAAUAAGAGAAGAGGAAAAGGCGGCAAUGGAAGAGGUUGGCGCUACUCAACCUGAAGGCUCGGCCCCUGAAGCUAAAGAAGUGCAUAGAUUUUUCCCACCAGGAAAAAUAAUGCACAUCAUGAAUCUUCAAGAAGUUGCAGAGGAUGAAGUUGAAGAAGUUUCAUCGAGUGAUAGCGGAAGUAGGCAGUCAAUAGAGGGUAAAGUUGGGAUAUUCCUCACUCCGAGGGUAUUGUAUAGUAAAUUGAGGCUUUCACAUAGCAUGAUUAGCGAUCACUUGAUGCCCUUAUACAGAAGGCAGAUGGAAAAACUCAUCAGGGAAUUUGAGGAUGAAGCUUCUGAAGGUAACCAUUAUAAUCAAGGAAUUGGGGUAGAUUUAUGAGGGGAAAGUUUCAGGCAACUACACUGUAAAUAUUUGUACUAACUUCUUAAUAACCAAUUAAGUCAGCCAAAACGCUGAUUAGUGGCCGUGUGGGAUGAAUCAAAUGCACGUUUAGGAAUUCAGAGACUAAGCAGCCUUACAGCAUGUGAAAGGGUCUUAACUUCUAAUCAUGUACAGGAGUUAAUUGGAUAGAAAAUUACUAAGGUGUUAUGUGACCUUGGUUGCUGGAAUCUGCCAACAGCCGUUUGUAGCUAAGAAAGCUUCUGUGCAGUGUAAUACUUGUAUUCAGUAUGUCUUUCUUUCGGCAGUAUAACUUUCAUCUUAAUCUGAAGUUUUUGGUUAUUGUGGUUUGUAAGGUGGUACAGUAAAUCUCUGGAGUCAGAACGUUCAUUAUAAAGUUUCUUUUGUAGGUUGGAAUUUUUAAGAACUAGAA